AUGGAGGACCAAGCAGACAAAAGUGUGGCUGAUGAGGUCACACUGCAUGACAUUCAUAACAAUACUCUACAGUGUAUGCAAAAGGCUGAGGAUAAGCCAGGUGUACGCGAUUUGACACUUCGAAUUUGGCUUAAGGUACUGCGAUCUGGCUCUUGGGAUUGGUACCUUACAGAUGCGACAAUCCCAGUAACCUACGCUUUUGAUACAACCGAGUUGUUAAUACGAGCAUACGGGGUACCGGUAGAGAGUUGUGUAGGAAUGGAGACGGCCAUCAAUUCUUGGAAAAUCGGCGGCGAAUCACUUUCAGGUCCUUUUCGACGUCCACUUCGACCAUAUCCUUUAAAUUUGAAGGUAGUAUUGCCUAGGAAAAGAUUAUCUCUGAAUCCUUCAACCAGUACACCGACUACAACCCAACCUGUCAUUGACUCAUCAGAUUCAGAAAAUUUUAAUGAUAGGAAUGUGAAGAGAAAGAAGGAAGCUAAAGAUUUACAACACUCGCCUUUAGCCCAAGAAAACAAAUUGUAA